GUCGCCACACCGCUUUCGAACGCGCUGACGCCAUUUUGCCUGUGAAGUCGAGUAUUUUCCGUGUUGAAUUUGUGAUUCCAACUAGCAAUAAAGUAUGGGUGAAGAUAAAGAUCGCCGACGCAGAUCCCGUUCCCGAGAGAGAAGGCGCUCCAGAUCACGAUCAAGGGAGCGCCGUGAGAGAGAAAAGCGGCCGGCUAAGAGCAAAUCGAGGUCUCCGACGUCGAAACGGUCGCGUCGCCGCAAGCCUUCGCUCUACUGGGAUGUGCCACCACCGGGCUUCGAGCACAUCACUCCUCUGCAGUAUAAGGCUAUGCAGGCGGCCGGCCAGAUCCCGGCGAAUAUCGUAGCAGACACGCCCCAGGCGGCAGUCCCUGUGGUUGGCUCAACCAUCACUCGGCAAGCGCGAAGGUUGUACGUGGGCAACAUACCAUUCGGAGUCACUGAAGAGGAGACCAUGGAGUUCUUCAACCAGCAGAUGCAUCUUUCAGGAUUGGCCCAAGCGGCCGGAAACCCAGUCCUUGCUUGCCAAAUAAAUUUGGACAAAAACUUUGCAUUCCUUGAGUUCAGAUCUAUAGACGAGACCACUCAGGCCAUGGCAUUUGAUGGCAUCAAUUUCAAAGGGCAGAGCUUAAAGAUUAGACGGCCGCAUGAUUACCAGCCCAUGCCUGGCACUGAAAACCCAUCGAUUAAUGUUCCAGCUGGAGUUAUCAGCACAGUGGUUCCAGAUUCACCACAUAAAAUAUUCAUAGGCGGCUUGCCUAACUAUCUGAAUGAGGAUCAGGUGAAAGAACUCCUGAUGUCAUUUGGACAACUCCGGGCUUUCAAUUUAGUGAAAGAUUCUUCAACGGGUCUCAGCAAGGGAUAUGCCUUUGCUGAAUAUGUGGACAUUUCAAUGACAGAUCAGGCCAUUGCGGGUCUGAAUGGUAUGCAGCUGGGUGACAAGAAACUCAUAGUCCAACGAGCCAGUAUUGGGGCAAAGAAUUCAACAUUAGCGAUGACGGGCGCGGCGCCGGUGCAGCUGCAGGUGGCCGGGCUGACGCUGGCGGGCGCCGGGCCGCCCACCGAGGUGCUGUGCCUGCUCAACAUGGUCACCCCCGACGAGCUGCGCGACGAGGAGGAGUAUGAGGACAUCCUUGAGGACAUCAAGGAGGAAUGCAACAAAUACGGCUGCGUGCGCAGUAUAGAGAUCCCCCGACCCAUCGAAGGCGUGGAAGUGCCUGGUUGUGGAAAGGUGUUUGUAGAGUUCAACAGCAUCGCCGACUGCCAGAAAGCGCAGCAAACCCUCACAGGAAGAAAAUUCAGCAACCGAGUCGUGGUCACAUCUUACUUCGAUCCAGACAAGUACCACCGUCGAGAGUUCUAAACUCUUAACUUGACUUCACCGUGAAAUCAUUUUUCUCAUUUGUUCAUUAGUACAAUCUCUUAAGUGACAUUUUCCGAGGUAUGCGCUCGGUUUAAGAUUUUCAUAUACCAUAAUUAUUAUUAUGUAAUAAACUAAAAUAAAUUGAUUUUAUC